CUCCUGUCUGUGGGUCCGUCUCGCCGCUCGAUCUACGCUGUUGACGUCUGCUCGGUUGUAACAAAUGGUCCGCUCUAGGUGCCAUCGUGAUAACGUCGAACGACAGUAACUUGAACUAAUCCAUGGCCGCCAUCGUUUUCUCUUUUAAUCUCCCCACCACUCUUUAAAAAUUCCGCCGAAAAAGAAAAAGCGUUGUGUCCCCUCUUUUGGGUUUUCAGCGGACGUGUACAACAACUACCCAGAGGAUCUAGGGGCAGCUCUAUACCGAGAGCCAUUUGACUUCAACGCCGAGCCGCCUUGGGAUCCUAGCUGAUAGUGGACGAGUUCAUCCCAGGACUCAUCCAUUUUGUUGCAUAAGUCUAGGACCCCAGGGGCUUGAGAGGGAGCGAGCAAGACCACUUUGCACUACCCACAUUCUUUAUGCCUGUUGAUUUGAAGAAAACGAUUGAGAGGAUGAAAGGAAUCUCUGAUGAACCGCAGUAUUCUGUUGGCCUGCUGGAGGGAGGCGUGGCACUCUGUGACGUGAUUGACAAUCACAUUUAUGAACAAACACUGUCUGAGAAGAAUGCCUUCUUUGUAGCAGAUUUGGGAGUCAUAAUGAGACAACAUGUUCGCUGGCGGAUCCACAUGGCCCAGAUCAGACCAUACUAUGCUGUCAGGUGCAAUAGCAGCCCAGCUGUGAUUGAAGUCCUUGCUGCCCUCGGCACUGGAUUCAUAUGCACCAACAAGCCUGAACUGGAACUGGUGCAGAGCUAUGGUAUCCCCUCUGAAGAUAUCAUCUACAGUGGUGUUUGCAAACAAGUUUCCCAGAUUAAAUACGCUGCUAAAAAUGGCAUUGACCUCCUGGUGUGCGAUAAUGAAGCGGAGCUACGCAAGAUUUCUCGCUGCCACCCCAAUGCCAAGCUGCUGCUACAGGUGUCAACGGAAGCAUCAAACCCGGACGAUGACAUGAGCAUGACAUUUGGCUGUUCCCUCAAGGACUGCAGGCAUCUGCUGGAGAGUGCUAAGGAGCUGGGUGUGCAGGUAGUGGGGGUCAGGUCUCACGUUUCCAGCUCCUGUGACGAUGACCAGGUGUAUGUUCAUGCCAUCUCUGAUGCCCGUUGUGUCUUUGAUAUGGGAGAGGAAAUUGGAUUCAGCAUGAAAAUCCUGGACAUUGGGGGUGGAUUCAGUGGCUCUGAGGCCCAGCUGGAACUGAUUAAUAGUGCAGUCAUGUCUAUGGUGGACCUAUACUUCCCUCCUUCUACAGGAGUUUCCAUCAUUGCUGAGCCUGGCAGCUUCUUUGUGUCCUCUGCUUUCACCCUGGCUGUCAAUGUCAUCUCCAAGGAGAUGGUGGCACGGGAUUGCCAGGACCAGGAGCAUGAUGACCUGUCUCCAAACGAGGAGCCAGAGUUCCAGUACACUAUGAACGAAGGAGUGUACGGAUCGUUUGCCUGCAAACUCUCUGAAACGCUGAUAUCGGCUCCAUCUGUUCACAAGCAGAACACUUCCCUGGAUGUGCCAGUGUUCAGCAGCAGCCUGUGGGGUCCCUCUGGAGAUGAUCUGGACCAGGUAGUGGAGCACUGUCUUUUACCUGAGCUCAACAUUGGAGACUGGCUCAUGUUCACACAUGCUGGGGCCUACAGUCUUGGUCAGCCACUGUGCACCUCCACUGACUCACCACCACCCCCUGUGUACUAUGUCAUCUCCUCUAGAGACUGGUUUGAGAUGCAGGACACUGGUGUUACCAAUGAGGCUACACUUAAGAACUUCUCACUGGUCCCGUACUUCCCCAGUUCCUGCCAAACAGAGGCUGCACUGUCUGUCCCAGCUUAGCAAACAUUUGACUAGGACCAGAAGGCUUUUCACUUCUCUCACUUGUUUCUGCUGCUAGCUUCCUUUGUUUCACAUUCCACUGGGGUAAACUCCACCAGUAGUGCUUGAAAUUGCCUGGACCAGAUCGAAUUCAUCUCACAGACCCCAAUGCACAACACUUGUAUGUGGUCAAACCUGGAAACCCUAAGUAGGUGUUAAUUAGUAUGCAACAAAAUGGAUGACUCCAGAAAAGCCAGAUGUAUUCUUCUCUUUGUUUUGGGACUCCUAUUGAACUAUGGUUUACACCCCUACAGUAGACAUAUAAUGAUGUUAAAUGAUUAUAUUUGACAGAUGUAUUAUCCAUAUCUCCUUUGCUAUUGUCAGACUCGUAAAGUAAGAUGUGUAUCCCUGGGUGAAGCAGUGUAUUUAAAAAUAAAAACACUUCUGAGAUUAUGUAGGAAGCUUUACCAAAAGACUUGUAUUUAUGAUUUUAAUUUUGGUGUAGUUUUUUGUGACAGAGGCCAGAAUCCACUUUUACAUUUACAAUGUGGCAUCUUCAAAUAUUAAAAGGGGAGCUUGCAGCAUAUCAUUGCUGCAGAUUCAAAAUGUGUGGCGCCGUCAUGGCGUCCAUUCCUGGAAAUCGAUUAGCGAUUUUGAAAGCCACGAGGUCGGUGUUCACCAAUAAGCUGGUGUUGCUGUGAUUUUCCAAAGUGCUGAGUAGCUUUGCUCCCGAGACGAGCGAAGGAGCGGCAGGUGACUGCUCUGCCACCAGAUAGUAAAGCAGGUUUAUUAGACAGCAUGUGCUGCGGAUGGAACACAGGAAGUGCUGAUGGAUAAUGAAUCAGCUUACAUUGAACGUCACAUGGUUUCUUUAAAAAAACAAAACAUGAUUUAAAAGGCUACAGCAUUUCUAUUUCUACUGAUAUUUAUAUAGUUUGAAAAUAUUCUUUCAGCAUCUGUGAUUGUGUUGAAAGAAUAUUGCAGUAUUUCCUGACAGCAAGUAUACUUGCACUGUGUGUAUCAUAUCUGUGAAGCUGUGUCAUAAAUCUAAGGCAUGAUAAAUUAUCAGGCAUUUGCCUGUUAUUAACUUGUAGCCGUGCUUGUCUAAAUGAAGAUAAUAAACACCCCACUGACUGGACUGUGAA